CUUCUACUCACAGCCGACUUUACAAGUAUUAUUGGCUGCAUAACAGUAUUAGUUGGAUUCUGGAGAUUAAGAUUGAUGCGCAAUCAUAUUACAAGAGUAAUAGCAUACUUUUGUGUUACAUCUGCAAUUAAAGACAUUGUUGCUGUAACUCUAACAUUAUCCAAAGCCUACCUAAAUAGUAAAUUCGCAUGUUAUCUAUAUGCUGUUGAUAUUACAUUUGGUAGUUUCAGUUGUUGGAUGUGGACAUUAUGUCUAGCUAUUAGUAUAUAUAUUGUUAUUGUACAGAUACAUGUUGUACCUGAUAGGUUCGAGAAGUAUUAUAUGAUUGUAUCAUGGGGUCUACCUCUGAUAUCUUGUAUAAUAAUGGUAUCUACACCAAACUUGGUGUCCAACGUUGGUAGUUGGUGUUGGAUUGGUGCCAAGUACCCUGGCUACCGCUUCGGUCUCUUCUACAUUCCAUUCUUUGUAAUCUUUGCGGCGGCGGCCAUCAUGGUCGGACUGACCAGCCACUACACCUACAAAGUUCUGACGAGCGGCAUCUCCAAGACAGUCGAGAGCAAGCAUGGCGCCUAUCAAUUCAAGUUGAUCAACUACAUCAUCGUAUUCCUCAUCUGCUGGGUGUUUGCCGUGGUCAACCGCAUACUCAACGCAUUCAAUCUGUAUCCGUACGCUACCAACCUACUUCACACAUACCUCUCAGUGUCACACGGCUUCUACGCAUCACUGGUCUUCAUCUACAACAAUCCAAUGAUGUGGCGAUACUUUGGCGCUAAGCUGUUGUUCCCAUUGACCCUGCUGGGACUGUUCCAAGAGACCUAUCGCACGUUGGAGAAGAACAAGUACAACAACAACUCGUCGUUGCAAGGCGCCACGCCCAAGUACAUGUCUCAAAAGACAUGUCAGACAUCGGGUGGAUCACUGGAUCACAGUCAUCAGAGUCAAGGUCUGAGUCAAGGUCAGAGUGGAUUCGAGUCUGGCAUUCGUCUGGACACUGAAGAGAUGUCACUGGAGAUGUCCCAAAUAUCCAUUGUCUCACAUGGCAACUCAUCCACCGACAACCUUGGCAGCAACAGUUCAGCAAAUGACCUUUCUGAUCAA